UGGAACAAUGCUGUUCAGAGUAGGCUAGCCUGGUUUGUGGAGACGGCAAUAACAGACACAAUCCUAAGUAAAUAUAGGUUAGAGAUAGCCGUCGCGUUUCAACGCUAGUCCGCUUUGGAAACGUGAUAUUUUCCUUCUCAGGACAUCAACAUCGCAGUCACUUUGAAUCUUUUUUCAAUAUUAUCAUUCCAAUUGUACUGCAUCUCCAAUUCUUGCACGUUCUGGCGCCGUUUACUUAUCUGAACAUUUCUGUUUCCAUUGCUGCAAUAUUUUUACCGGCGAAUCAAAAUGGCCAGACAGUCUACUCUUCGCCCGCUGGCCGACCACCCGUUUACUCCCGUCUCUCUGUGGUGCCUGAAGUGCUUACGCACUUCGGUGAAGAACUAUGACCCCUCUGGGGGGAAGAAUUUCGCGCCUGGCUGCGUUUUUGACGCGGCGUCCUCGGUGAAGUGCCGGCAAUGCGCCGGUAGAAAGUCGAACUGCAUUCCGGUAUGUCCUUCUUCCCAGCUCUAUUCUCAAACCAAAGUUCAGCGUUUGCGUAUAGAAUAUGAUGAUUGCUUUCUAGUUUGGCUCGCCUACGGACUCCUUCUCAAGGGCGAUCUUGGGAUUACGGGAAAAGGUUUAUCUUGGGCCUUCACAGACUCGACAAAACCGUCAUUGCUACGAGGUCCUGUGGGCCUGGCCGGGGGCCACGAGAAGGAACAGAAAUGGAAGAGUAAGACACUCUUCUGGUUGAAGAUCCACCAGGUAUCUGGGUUCCGCAACCAUAUAGACGCAGUCAGUCUUCCUUAUAAAGUAUUCGUCACAUGGUGAUAAUCCCAGUGGAAAAUCUCGCGGCGAAGUGAAAAUUGUGCUAUCCGUAGAACGCCCCCUAUAAUUCCGAGUUUAUUAUGGCUGCCUGCAAAGCCUUCAAGAGAUCUACAUACCAGGCAGAAGAGGCAAAGAAUGAGAAAGCACUUAUCAGUUCCUGGAAGGAACUGAUGU